AGCCAUGAUCCAAUGCCGAGACUCAAUGACUACUCCUUAGGUAUCGGCGACUCCAAUGCUCUUCGCUGCGGUCGCUCUUCGGUGAACGGUGAUGGGAUACCUACUCGUUCAUGUCCUUCCUUUAUUAUAUGUUUUUAUUUUAUAUUCUAGUUUUUCUCUAAAAAAAAGAAAUUAGGCAAGCGAGAGGCGGAGAAACUCAGUCGCCCUCACGCCUCCAUUGCCAGAUCCGAAACAACCCAUAAAAACCCUAAUUCACACUCGAAUUUCCUAUCGUCGUGCCCUCGGACCGAGAACUCCGUCGAGAAAUCUAGGGUUUGGAUCCCUUUUUCUUCCCCUUUCCCAUCCGAAAUGGUCCUCUCCGGCGGCUCCUCUUCCGCCCGCGGCCACGGCGUCGAUCGCUUCUACAACCCUCCGGCCAUCCGCCGCCAGCUCCAGCAGCAACAGCAGCAGCAGCAGCAGCAGCAACAAUCGCUUCAACGGCCGGCGAAGGCCCGGCCGCCGCCAGCGCCGGCGCCGCCGGCGGAAUCGGACGACUCGUCGUCGAAGCCAUCGGUGUCGUCGUCGCCCUCCUCGUCUCCAUCGCCGAGGCCGGCGCUGCCGGCCGGGAACUUGGAACGUUUCCUCCAGUCGACCACCCCAUUCGUGCCCGCUCAGUACUUCCCCAAGACGAACGUCAGAAGGUGGAGGAAUUGCGAUGCGGCGGAGUUGGGCCCGUAUUUUAAUCUUGGAGAUCUUUGGGAGUCGUUCAGGGAGUGGAGUGCUUAUGGAGCAGGGGUGCCGUUGGUUUUGAACGGGAGCGACAGUGUAAUCCAGUACUAUGUGCCAUUCUUGUCCGGUAUCCAGCUGUUCGUGGAUCCGUCGAGGCCUAGCUUGAAUGCAAGGUAUGCCUGGGUCUCCGACCAAAAUAUAGCAUGGCCACCUGGUGAGGAAAGUGAUGGUGAUAUUUGCCAGGAUACAAGUAGUGAUGGCAGUAGUGAGAGUGAAACCGAGCGACUCAUUAUUGGUAUAAGAGAAUCCUUGAAUAACACCAGCCACGUGGGCCAAGAAGGCUUUUCUAGUGAUGACAGUGAGACUUCGAACCAAAUUCAGCUACCCAUAUUUGAGUACUUAGAGCGCGAUCCACCAUAUGGAAGACAACCUUUAGCAGACAAGAUUUCUGCGCUUGCAAGUAAAUUUCCUGAGUUAAAGACCUAUAGGAGUUGUGAUCUGCUUCCAUCCAGUUGGGUCUCUGUAGCUUGGUACCCUAUAUAUAGGAUACCCACAGGACCCACAUUACAAGAUUUGGACGCAUGCUUUUUGACAUUCCACUCACCGUCCAGGCCUUUGAAAAAUAAUACCAGCAAUGGAUAUUCUGAGAGUUUUGGUUCUUAUGACAUUAGGAAUGUCAACAGCUCCACUGACAUUUCUGGGAAGAUACCACUACCUGUAUUUGGGCUUGCGUUGUACAAGUUCAAUGGUUCUAUUUGGACCACAAAUGGGGUCUACGAGCAGCAGCUAGCAAGUUCUCUUUUGCAAGCUGCUGACAAGCGGCUUCGUCGUCUACAGGUGGAUCAUCCAGACUACCGUUUCUUCCUCUCCCACUACAAUUCAUCUGGGAGGUGAUGGUUCCAGAGUUCUAGAAGUGCUGCUUUCUGAAAAAUGGUGCAUCAAUCCAACCCCUUGUUUGAGAACCUUCGAUCACCAAUGCCCCCAUGUAAUGCCUGCUGCUUUUUGUUCCCAUUUUGCAAGGAGAUGGGUCUGCAAAUUUCUCAAAUCACAGUUGAUAUAUGAUUUUGGAGUUACUAUAGAUAAUUGCCAUGCACUGUUGAAAGUAAACGCCGCAAAAUAUGAUGGCUGUGGAAUUCAUGGACAUGAAAGAACAGAAUUGUGGUACAGAACUAAGAUGUAGAGGACAUUGGCGUUCCAAUGCACCAUAAACUACUGUGGUGGAUGACAUCACAAGUGGUAGGUUGCUGGUCCAUGCAAAGAAAGGGCACCACACUUUUUUUGGGGUUUGUUUUGAUGAUAAAUGAUGUCUAUCCACAUAAUAUGUAACGAUGAUGAUGACGAAAAUAUCUUAGGAUAUAUGCUUAUGUGCCUGAUAUAUUUAAAUAUCAGAGGCUAAUUGUAGAUGUUAGGGCAAGUCAAUAAUUUGUAUUUUUAGAUUUCAAUAAUGCAAAUUAUGUUCUUGAUUAAUAU